UGAGAGCGAGCGAGACAGCGGCCGACCAAACGGCAUUAGCAAAGGAUAGCACGAGAGUCAUUUGUAUUACACCUUCGUCUCUAAAAAAUAUGCUUCUGUUUUCCUUCGUCGGUCGGUGCUUUGGUUCAAAAUAGUGAAAAAUUACACGCGCACAUCCUUCCGAAACGGUUCGCGAUGUGUCCUGGAACGGUGCGUGACUAAUAGUAGUGCAGAAGUUACGUACAAUCGUGCCUCCGUGCGGAAAGGCACACGUCCUGAAUGCCCCCGUCGUCGGUGGACGGUGUCGGUCGUCGGCAGUCCGUGUGAACCAAACCAACCACGGAACGCUUGCCAUUUUUGAUGCUAUAUACAAACGCGAGCUAGACCGCACACAAAGGUGUUUUGCAGCCGCGCUGGUGACCUCUAUAAUCCGUGGAGGAAAAUCGAACACCCAUACACACCCGCAAAUAGGCAGCAAGCUGUGACGAAGAACAAUUUAACCACCAUGAAAGUAAUGCACGGCGACGACGGCAUCUUUGUCGGCGUGAAUCUUGCUUGCUGAAAACUCACACCCCUCCCCAGAAGGAGGCGGAAUCGCAUCCCUUAAUCUUUUCCCACCCUCCCACCAAAAAAAAAACAUUCGAUAUCGGUUGCAUUCGUCGGUUUACUACGAUUUGUAAGAAAGAGAGGAAGACAGACAGAGAGCGGAAGGAUGCGGGGUGUAUGCAGUUUGUGAAAAAAAGAAAACAAUAAUAACAUUUCAUCAAACAAAAAUGGCCGGAGCGCAGAUCACCUGCGAGAAUGAUCCGAAUUUCGGCAUCAUUCUUUCGUUUAUGGAACAGUUCGGCACGUUUUUGGACAUUGGCGAGCUGAAUAUAGGCGAACUGAAGUCAUGGCUCGAAAACAAUGAAGCUGUGCCACAAGCGCUGGUCGAUCUGCAUAUCAAGCUGAUGCGAAAGAUAAACAAAAAAGUACCGGCUGCCCGGUGGGAGUUAGCGCUGGCCAAAUUUGCCCAUUCGUACUCGCACCAAGACGCAUGGGAAAUCGAACGUUUUGGGUACAAAACGGCCAACCUAGCCGUGAAGCUGCGAGUGUUUAAGGCACUGCUGGAAGGACAGUUUGAUUUGAAUACAAAGUUCAAAACACAAAUUAAUACGACCGGUGCGGGCGACUUGCGACUAGAUCCGCUGGGACGCGAUCGGCAGGGUAACUGCUAUUGGUACUUCAUGGACGAAAGUGCCAACCUGCAGAUCUAUCAAUCCGAUCCCGAAAUGGAAACAUGGACACUGGUGGCAAGUAAUCGGGACGAGUUUGUCAACAUGAUCGAAAUGUUGAAGGAUAACCGGCCUAUCGAACCACUCUCCACAGUUAAUGCUCCGGACGACGAGGAAGAUAGUGCGGGCAGUAUGAGCGAAUCGGAAGCAAUGAAACUCGAUACCUCAAUACCUGCACCGUCAGAGGUACCGCCAAGCUUGAUCAUAUCUCGCCGUACGUACAAAACACCCGAUCAGCUUGACAGCGCAAUGCCGGCUGCGGAGGAUGAUAAUGAACCGGUGAAGCAGGAGACAUCUUCCACCAACGAACCAGAAGUUGAAAAAGCGAUAGCAGAUCCACCGAAGCUCCAAGAAGUUAACGAAGAAAGCAAAGAAGUUGAAGAUUCCGUGCCCCCGAAGCCACAUGAAGACAUGAAGACUGAACCCGUCGUGGGGAAGGACACUGAUGGAGCGGAGCAAGAUGAACCGAUGCCGGAAACAGCAUGUGAGAAGGAUUCGACAGGCACAGCAGAAACCGUUAAAAUGGAAGUGGAUGAAGAAGUACCAGCGGUGAUUGUUGAACCGAAGAAGGAGCAAACGAACUCAGCAAAGGAGACACCCUUGCCCAUUGGGGAACAAAAAGAAUCUGGAACGAUUUUAGAUGAUAAUGAUAAGGAUGAAGCAGCAGCAACGGAUUCGAAACAGUCCGAAGAAGCAGUACCGAAGGCAGAAGAAACUCCUGUAGAAAAGCAGACAAAUACGAAAGAAUCUCGCUCAGAGAGUGAUGAACCGAUGGAGGCGAUGGACAAGCUUGUUAACAAAACGGGUACAACAACAGCAGGGAAGAAUGAAGAUGUUGGUGAGCCGAUCGAAGAUCCUCCGUUGGUAGUGAAAGGGGAGGGCAGCGGUGCCGACUGUAACAGUGGAAUUGAGCCAAUGUUCAGUGAGAUCAUCGAGGAACCGGUGAUGUUUUUCUUUGGUGUGGGUGCUGGCCGUGAAAAUGAUAUGGGUAAUACGAAAAAGAUCGAGACGGCUACCGCACCGGCGGUACCGGAAUCGAAUGCAGCGACCAAUUCCAAGGAACCGGAGGGUGCGAAUGCUUGCAGUACGUUAGGAUCGUCCAAAACUGGCAACGGUGAAACCGAAUUGCCACAAAACAGGGAAGGAAAUGAUGUUGAGGAGGAGGAGGAAAUAGACUUAUCGCGCAAGGUGGUACCAACCAAAGAGAACGAAACGAUGGCCGAGAUGGACCAUGCAGAGAAAGGUGGGCUAGAUAGUAGUGAAGCGGAUGUACCGGCUGAUAAGAAGGCAAGUGCGCGUGGAAAGCGGAAUGAUAAACCAACGGUUGCAGCAAACGAACCGGCGAUAGUAGCGCAAGCAGACAAACCGGUAGAAAAGAGACGUGGUUCUAGGAAAAGCAAUACGCCUAAAAAGGCAUUCGAUUUAUCCGUAACAGCGACUACACUGCAGAUGAUGGAACCGGAUGAAGAGAUCAGCAAGGACACCGGCUUCAAGGUGGAAAGCGAUGUAGAGAAACCUUUGGAAAAUGUCAAAGUGAGUGAAAACGUUGCUAAAAAUGGCGAUCAUACCGUUCCUUCCUCUACGGAUGCGGUACCGAAGGAGGAAUUGAAGCCCCAACCGGAAGCACUGGCAAAAAAGGAGAAAGAUCGAGAAUUGUCACCACCCAGCAAACAGCGAUCAAAUAGUAUGGCCACAAAUGAAAUAGUGAAAAGUGAACCAGUGAAGGACGAAGAUCAGAAAGAAUCGAACGAUCUUGAUGAGACACCACAGACGACGCCACUCAAAGUUCCAACAAUGGAGCAGAGUAAAAAUGAAGAUGAUCGUGUAUCAAAUGCGAAACCGGCGGAGAAGAAUGAAACCGAAGACGACCGGCCAGAAGGUGGUGAGCUGGAAGGUGACAGUCCACCAAAGCGCAAGCGCCGUCAUCGGAAUGGAUUGGUGGAUGGGCUUGAUAUUUCGAUGGUGCUGGAUGCCGGCUCGGAUGGGGGAAACAAUCCGCCGGUUCGGCAAUCGCGCCGCAUUGCUAUGCAGAAGAUCAAGGAAGAAACCAAUCGGCGCGAAAUCGAGGAUCAGAUGCUGAAGAAGAUGAAAGCGGAUGCGGUGAAAAAGAAGAAGGAUUUGGGCAUGAAGAUUUCCGACGAUGAUUAUCGGGCGGAGCGUACCUCACCGGACCAUUCCUCCGAUAGCAGCUCCGACGAUGGAGUUGGUGCGGAUGGGCGCAGGCGAAAGAAGAAGAAAAAGAAGAAAAGGGGAAGUCUUCAUCAGCAGGCACAGCAGUUGCAACAGUUGGCCAAGAAGCAAUCCACCUGGAACAGUGCGUCACCAUCGGAAAGCAGCUCCGAAACGGAGGCGGAAGAUUACUUUGCGGAACCGUACCAUUCGGAGGAGGACGUGCGCCGGAGCCAUGUGCUUAAGUCGGAUCACGAGUUUUCGCCCGAAUCCGACCUGGAGACGGAAGUGCCAGCGCAGCCACUGAAACGCGCACGAACGGCCCGAAAAGCAAGACGCACGCGUGACGAAGCGGAGGAAGAGGAGGAGGAAGAUGAAGACGAUGGCGGUGAGGAUCAUGCGUGUCAGGAGUGCAAAAAGACGGACCAGCCGGAAUGGAUACUGUUGUGCGAUUCGUGUGAUAAGGGUUACCACUGUGCGUGCCUGAAACCGGUGCUUUUCACCAUUCCCGAGGGUGACUGGUUCUGUCCGGUUUGUUUGCAUCGGCAGCUGAUAGAGCGUUUACAAUCGAAGCUGGUACUGUACGAUGCGCUGCGGACAAAGCUGGAAGCGGAAGCGAAGCGCCGUGAGGAGGAGGAGCAAACGGCUCGGGAAGCGGAGCUGGCCGAACAGGCACUGGCAAACGAGCGUGAAGAGCAACUGCGAGCGCAGAGACGUGCGCGCCAGCAGCAACGUUUGCUGGAUCGUGCCGAUGCCGAAGGUCGUCGAUCGCGAUCCGGUUCGGAGGAAGAAUCUUCCAGGGAUCGGCGCCGGCGAAGGCAGCGGCACCGAAACAGACGUGCACCGAGAAAACGAUCCCAGUCACGAUCGGGCGACAGUAGCUCGGAUGGGUUGAACAGUGGUGGAAGUAGCGAUGGGAGUGGCAGUGGUAGCGAAAGCAAAAGCAGCACUGACUCGGACGAUAUUCCGAUCUAUAAGCUGCGACGUCGCGCUUCGGCAAAGGUGAGCUACAAAUUUAACGAAUACGAUAACCUGAUCGAUUCGGCUAUCCGACGGGAAAUGCGUGGCUGCGAGAUAAUGGAGGAAGAGGACGAUGAAGACGAUGGCCACGGGUUUUCCAAGGGCAAGGAUAUUAGCACCAUCAUAGAGGCAACCACACGGGAAGAACAGGCCCGAAAGAAGGCACUCCAGGAGGACAACGAGAGCGAUGGUGGAGAAGAGGGUCGUUUGAAUGGAAACCGGGAAACCGGACAGCAUGAGAUUGAGGCAGUUGCGCGUGAAACAAACAGUGGAGAGGAAGGAAGCGAAGGUGUGGUGGUGCGACAGGAACGUAAACCGGCACCUGCUUCUAAUAACCGAUCCGCUUUUGCCAUUGAAAAGAAGCGCAAGAAAAAGAAGAAAAAGCUGUGCAAGAUCGAACUCAGCUCCGAGGAGGACGAGGACGACGAUUCGGACGAAGACUUCCGUGGAGAAGCAAGCGGAUCGGAUGACGAAGAGGAGGAGGAUGACGAUGACGACGAGGAAGACGACAACUCGAUGUCCGGUGAUAGCGAAAGCUCGCUGGAAACGGGCCGUGGUCGGAACAAUCGGAUGCGGAAACCUAGCAGCCGUGCGGCAGCUAGCAAACGCCGUCGAAUAGUGGAAAACUCGGACGAUUCGGACGAGCUGGAGGAGGAAAUACGACGUGCGAAAGCGAAAAAGGCACGCAAAAAUCGGGUCCUCGAAGACAGCGACGAAGAGCUAGAUAUAGAAGAUGACGAUGACGAGGACAGUGAGGAUUACGACAGUGACGAUCUGUGCAGUGACACGGAGACGGAAAGUAGCCGUAGCAGCAAAAGCAGUGACAGCAGCAGCAGCAGCGCUCCCAGCACGGAGGGUGAUUGGCGGCGAAAGAAAAAGUCCAAGGGAACGAAAUCGAAAUCGAAGACGGCCACCGGCGGUUCAGCCGGUGGCGGUGGUGUUGGUGGUGGCAAACAUCUGGAGCGACCCAAGAAGUCGGAAGCGCGCCCGAAAGCGUCAAUCGAAUCGAGUGACGAGAGCGAAAGUGAUCGGGAGGAAGGUGGCAAAGGUGGAAAAACGAUGCCCGGUCGUAAGAAGCAAGGCAAAAAGACAACGUCCCGAUCGAGUCCCGACUCGGUACGGGCGGGUGAGAAGAAAACGGAUCGUAAAACGCGUGGCAAAAAAAUCCACUACAUCGUCGAUGAGGACUUUGAGAGCUCGGACGAUGGUAUACGGCCGGGUGUACAGCGACCGGACACACCGCCGGAAGAGCGAGAACAAUUUAUCCGGCGUCAGGAGGAAAUUAAACGUAUGUUGGCAGAGAAUAAUGCGGCGAAGGCGAAGGAACUGGCCACGUCCAAGAUCGACCAGCUGGUAGGCCGUGCGGGUGCGAAGGAACCGUCGAAAGAUUCGCUCUCGGACGUGCCAAUGCAGGUGAUCGAAAGUGCCCGGAUACUGGACAUUGACUUCCUGAAAAGCACUAGCGGCAAUACGGCGCGCAUCUCCACCGUUGACUCGGUGGUAGAUUUUGACGAUGAGUUGCCGGAAGAUUUCGAUCCGGACGACGAGAUGGAUGAUGAGGCGCUUGCCAAGAUUAUGGAGGAGGAAGACUUUGCCCACCAUCAGCUAAAACCGACGGCUGGGGGAGCUGCGGCAUCACCGGCCGAUUUGCUUCCGUCUGUACCACCUCCACCUACUUCCAAAGGCCGGCACAAAUCGACCGAUCCGGAAGAGUUCCUACUUCAGCAGCAGCAACAGCAAAAAGGAGGUCGUCCGAUUGAUCCGGCUUCCGUCGCACGAAAGGAUCAAUUACCUCCGCCGUUGCCUUCACCGGUAAAUCUGGCUUCCUCCUCAGCAACGCCACCCCAUCCCCAUCCGUCGUUGCAGAGCCCCAUCAAGGCCUUACUCAAACCAACGGGCAUACCAACGUCCACCAUAAUGUCACCGAUUGCUUCUGCCAUCGGUGGCGGUAGUACGAUACUGGCGAAUGCCCUCCAAACUGGUCCAACGUUGCCUCCGCCUCCGUUACUGAAAGAAUCGCAUCCUAGCGGUCGCCCGGAAGUGCUAAUGCGUGCAGGACCGCCACAUUCACUUCCGCCCGGUGGUCCGCAUCAACCGCCCGGUGGAUCACACCACAAGCCGGAACUGUCGCAUCUGAUGAUGGGACUGGGCGGUGGUGUUCCCCUAUCGUUGGCAAAGGGUAUCCCGUUACCACCGCACCAUUCCGGUCAUCGUUUGCCACCGGGCGGGUUAGCGAUGCCUCCGAAUAUGCUAGGACACGUUCCACAUCCGUCGCACGGUUUGCACACGAAACCAGCGCACGGUACUGGCGCGGUAAGCAAUAAUGCUGGCGUUGCUGCUGCCGUUGUAUCUGCUGCCCUCAGAGCUGGAAUUACCGGACCACCGGGUAUGGCACACACUCCGCCUCCAGCAUCACCGACGGCAACCGGUCCAAUUCCCAGAAUGCCUAUCGGUGCGACCCCGUCUCCAUCGGCACCCAGUUCCGAGCGACGUCCAGGUCGGCGAAAGAAGAUCACGCCCCUGCGCGAGGAUCUAAAGCGAAAGGGAGCGGGACCACCGGAUCAACCAUCGGUUCCUAUCGCGGCACAUCAGGAGCAGCAUCAGAGGCCACCGCCCCAACAUCCAUCACUACAUCACGGCCAUGUGGCUGCACGAUUACCGCCACCACCGACGAUGCCCGUUUCGUCGACGGCAGGGCCACCGAUAGGGCUGCAGCCAUCACUACCGCCGGUCACCACCAGCCAUAAUUCAAUUCAACAAAGCGCAUCGGCCAUCGCUGCUGCUGCUGCGGCCGCUGCAGCAGCUGCGGCAGCUCACGAGUUAGCAAUCAAAGUACAUUCCCGAACGGUCGCUGAUGAUGGCGGUGGCAGUGCUGGUGCUGGAAUGCACGUCAAUGAACCACCUUUGUCGGUUCCAUCGUCCGUGGCACAUCUGUCGUAUUUCAGAUCGGAGAACCCGCUGUUUGCACAUCGUCUCGGUCCUUUGCCUAGCAGUAUUCUUUCAUCCGGCAGCAGCAGCCUGCAACGGAUUGCGGCCAUCAGUGGUGCAGCACCACCGACGGUGUUCGGUGAUCCAGCAGCCUACAAUGGCGGUUGGAAGCCACCAUCAUCAUCGGCGGGUAGUAAGCCGAAAACAAGCGGUGGUCCACCAUCAGCACCCGGUAUGAUGGUGGGUCCACCACCGGUCGGAUCGCUGGAACAUUACCAUGAUUAUAAUCCAGGCAACCAUCACUACAACCCGUACUAUAACGUGCUGGAUCGGGCGGGUCACCUGAGACCGCCGCCAACGAUCGGUGAGCUUCAUCGUACCAGUGCCCUGUCUCCCACCACAUUUACCACACUACAGCCGCUCGAGUUUUCGCACGUGCUGAAACCGGCCACUGAAAACCAUCAUCACCAGCCGCACCUGACGCAUCACCAUCACAGCAGCGCCACUCCAUCGCCGGCAGCUUCUUCGACCGGUGGCGACGAUGGUUCGAGCGUCGAUCGAUCACAUGGUGCUGCUCCACCACCACCGGCCCAUACAGCAUCAUCAUCCUCUUCGGUACCGGUGGACAAUCAUCCAUCGUCGGCAUCAUCUCCACCCUCCCCAGCGGGUGAUUCGACGGGGGCGUCCGGGGCCGGAACAGUAGCACAAUCGUUGGUGCCACCGCCGCCAAACACUAGUACGCCUGCCUCCUCGUCCAGCACGAGUACCAGCGUUUUCGGCGAACUAGUAAGCUAUUUCAGUUCUCAGCAAGAUGAUUUAGAUUCGUAAUCUAUUUAAUGACAAAACAAAAAAAAGUGACACAUUUGUGUGAAAUGUAAUUUUUAAUCUAUCCACGCAAUCAAACAAUACCUCCUCCCCUUCCACGCUGCUCCCUACCGAUCCUUUUUCCGACCACUAAUGCUUAACUUAUAGGUGCACUCCCAUCACCGUCAGGAAAAGAAACGGCCACCUUAGAUCCCAACCUUUGCUCUCGCGCCACCUUUACGUUCCAUUAUACGUAGCCCUCAGUUCUAAUCGAUUGGCCGAUGUUUAUAAUACGGUGCGGUGUGAGGGAGAUUGCUAGAUGCAGAUAUAUUUGUUUAAAAUAAGAAAUAAAGAUAUACUCACAGACGCCGAAAAAGGACGUGUCCACAUUUAGCGUGGGCAUGAUUUUUUUUUGUCAAGCGAAUGCUAUUGAAUUAGAGGAA